GGCCACGUGCGGUUACCACCUCUGUGUGUGCUCUUCUUGAUACCUUGUGUGUUGGGGGGGAGGCAGUUGUGGUGUUGGGGGGAGGCAGUUGUGGUGGUGUUGUGUGUGGCAGAAAAUGGCUCCUAAACAAGACUUUCCACGCCGCUCCGAGAACUCCAACGGCAUUGAUCAGAAUGGGCUCGCAAACACAGGCUUCCGGCAUUAUCCAUCAGGCCGUGACCUCGCCCUCAAGACCUCUCUAACAUGGAUAAAUGGAAAGAGGAAGGAUGAUGAUGUUGGUCCAUACUGGAGAAUACAUGAUAAGUUGUAUGAUAUGACCAAUUUUAUUGACAAACAUCCUGGAGGUAAGGACUGGCUUCUGGUAACUAAAGGUACAGACAUCACUGAAGCUUUUGAAAGUUCUCACAUUAACACAGUCGCAGAGAGUAUCCUUCCCAAGUAUUACGUUAAGGAUAUAUCAACGCCUCGAAAUUCCCCAUUCACUUUUCAUGAAGAUGGAUUCUACAAAACAUUAAAAAGAAAAGUGCAGCCAAUUCUCAAAAAGGUCGGAAAAGGCCCUACAUGGACAAUGGUGCUUAUGCAGGAUGCUCUGGUCCUCACCUUUAUCCUGCUGACUGUUGCUGCAUGUCUCACCCACUCAUACACUCUGGCCGUAUUUGCUGGUAUUGUACUUGGAAUGACCGGAAACUGUGCACACAACUUCUUCCAUCAGCGAGAUAACUGGCGAAUGUAUUACUUCGAUCUGCUUCUCUUCUCUUCAUAUGAUUGGCGGAUUAGUCAUGGCCUGUCCCAUCACCUUUUUCCAAAUACGAUAUAUGACAUGGAAGUUUCUGCACUCGAGCCAAUUUGGGAGUUCUUCCCAAAGCCAGACAAAACCUUCAUGCAAAGAUAUGGUUUUUAUGUAUAUGAGCUCCUCGUUAUACCUAUAGGUAUGUUCAUAGAAGUUAUUAAAAGAAUGUGUCAUAAUUACACUGGAGAGCUUCGACUGCGCCCAGAAAAUCUACUGCCCGUUGUUGAAUUAAUUGUGAUGAUAUUAUUUGCUGAAUCUGUUGGAAUGGCUGUGAGGAUGUGGUUGGUGUUGCACAUGGCUUGCAGUAGUUGGUUUUUUAUCAUUGGAUUGAUAGCUGCACAUCACCAUCCAGACAUAUAUCACCACGGUGAUGCUGUAAGAGAAGAUAAAGAUUGGGGACUCCUCCAACUUGAUGCAGUCAGAGACCGGGUGGAAGUGACUGGUAAUCUGUUCCUGGUGUCAAUCGCGUUUGGUGACCACAGUCUACACCACCUCCUGCCCACAGUCGAUCACUCCAAGCUGCCUUACCUCUACCCUGCUUUCCUGGAAACUUGCAAGGAAUUUGGCAUUCCCUUUAAGCUUGUGCGGCAGUGGGACUUGUUUAUUGGCCGAUAUCAACAAUUGGCCAACAUUACCCCAAACCCUAACCCUCCAGGAUAUAAGAAAUCAUAAUCUAACAGAAGCUGAUCAUCAUGACAGAAUAGCUUACACCAAAUUUAUUGGUAAAGACGGGGGUAAGGCAGACCUAUUUUCUUAGUUUUAAAUGACUCUUUACUGUACAUUAUGUUGCAGUACAUGAGUAAAAUGGUGCAAAUGUCUUAUACCUCAGAAGAGUAAAGUUAUUCUAGACUAAGAUUUGUUAGUUUGAUAAGCAUUGGGAAUUUAAUUUUUAAUAAUUUAUUCAUCUGUAAUUACUACAGUAACUUAACAUUGUAUAUUUGUAGAAACAAAUGGAAAUUUUUAAAUUAUUUUGUGGGGACUUGUAUGCUAUAUUAAAAGUAUUUUAAGCAAAUCUGUGAUCUUUAAUUAGAAUCAAUAUUAAGUAUACGAAAUCAAAUUUCAGGCUGUCUAAGAAAAUCAAUUAAUAAUUGUGUACACUACUUAUGAUUAUACUGUACUGUACUUCAAUAUUUAACUUUCACUGACCCUGCGGGCCACCCGCAUCACACCGGGAAGUAGGCCGAGCAUUGCCGGUGAGCCCACAACCCAAUGUUAAACACUCUCUCACAAUGUUUAUACUAAUAAUAAGACUAAGCAAAAAAUUAAUGCAUGAUGCUGAGAGCAUAAUCACCCCACUCUGCUUGUUUUGGUUUUAUGAUGCUGAGAGCAUCAUCGGGAUACCAAAAUGUUAAGAUAGGUAGUGUACCCACAUCAUCCCUAACUGAAUUGAAUAAAAUAGCAUAGGAUUAGAUAUUGGGUCUGCAGCAAGACACGAGUUAACCAAACUGGACACAGCAUGAAAGAGUGUAUAAUACAUUAUUUGCACUAGUUUUUUGCACACAAUUAUUUGCACUAGUUUUUUGCACACAAUUAUUUGCACUAGUUUUUUUUUUUUUUUUUUUUCUCAUUUUAUUUAAUAUAAGGUUGUUCAGGCUUUGGACUUCGUAUCUAACCAAAGAUACAGGUACUGUAAGUAUAUCUUUGAUAAUAAGUUUUUUGUUUAGUUUGAUUAUUGCAGUUGUAUGCUUUUAUUAUAGGUUUUAUUAUAUAUUUGUAUAUGCAAGAUAAUUUUGUUUUUAAUAAGAUAUGCAUUCAAACAUUUGUUCACUCAAUAUACUGUAUUGAUAAUCUUGAGUGCUUGCCUCUGUGACUACAGAUUUCAUUCUAGUUCAUUGUGCCCGGCCUUCUAGCCAUUUAUACCUGCUAUGCUAAUUGUCUCUAAACAUUAAAGUUUUCUUCAUAUAUUAUUUUUAAGUUGUAGAUGUUGUAGAUGGAAGUGGCAUUGAAAAACCUCUUCAUAUAAUGCAUACCACCCAUAUAGGAUACAAGAAUUUCCCUGGAUUGCUACAAAUCAAUUGUUAUCCCCUCAGGAUCUAGCAUGUAGUGAUCAUAUCUCGUUUCCUCUCCUUUAAGGAUGAAUUUCUUCAGCUUGUCUUCAUAGUUGAGCCCUCUUAAUUUUUGGAAUUUGGCUUUAGUUGCAAACCUAUGAACUUGGAAUUACUUUUGUGCUCUAGGGUUUUGAGUCUGUGCUGGCUCUGCUUACUCAAGUAAUCAUUUCACAUAGGCAGUAUACAUUAACUUGAAAGCCAUCUUGUUAAGAGUCUUAAAUGUUCAUUCAUAAGUUCCCCAUGAACUGCUGAUAUUAUCCUGUUCACACAAACUCAUAUUAAAUGUUGCAAUUAUAUCCACUCAUAGAUUUUUUAUCUUAUUGUUUCUUGUAGUUGUCUUUUCCUUUUGUAGUUACAAGUCUCCUCUCUCUCCCUUCCCCAUCUUCAUUACAUUACACUUAUUUUGAUUGGAUUUCAUCAGCCAUUAAACUGCCCACUCCUGAAGUUUGUCAAGGUUUUCGUGUAGCAUAAACUCUACAUAAUCUGCAAAUAAUAUGUAAAAGCUCAUUCUGUUAGAUCUAAUUCUAGAAAACACACUUUCCACUCUUCUUUGGGCUGACAUAUCCUUUCUAAUUCUGAGUUUUUCUAUCCUGUUGAUCCUGGCCCCCGGCCAGGCUUGGGGAGUAGAACUCCUGAAACCCUCUCUCCAGGUACCUGGUCCAGUCUUUUCCCAUUAUCCCUGCGUCUCUCUUCAUCUUGUGUAUCGGCUUUUGUGAGGGACUGCAUUAAAAGCUUUCUGGCAGUCUGCCCAACCUUCAUUCAAUUUGCUUAUUUUAGCAACGUUGUAAAGUUAUUUAGGCUGGUGAGGCUCCCAGUGGUUCAGGGAGCCACAAUGUGCCCGAAUAUAGUUCCCCUUAAAGUUACUAAUGUGAAGGUGCACCACUGGGAGAGUACUUGUGUAUAAAUCACUUCAGGUAUUUUCACAUCUUAAAAAAUAUAUAUACAUAUUUUUUUCUCUCUACUCGCCUAGUUGUGCUUGUGGGGGUUUAGCUUUGGCUCUUUGGUCCCUGCAAAGGGGAGCUUUUUUGGUCCUUUGUGUGUGUGUGGUUUUCUUAUUACAGUAUAGUGUAGACUCAUGCCAAAGUGAAAUGCAAUCCUUAAAAUUGUGCAGCUUGUUCUAAAUAUAUCAGAUUUAUAACACUGAUGUAUUUAACUCGGUUACUGUAUCAGACUGUUAUAUAUGUUAAUGUUUAAGUUAUAUUUAUUUCAAAUUUGUAAUCAUUAAUUAAAUUUAAGAGUAACAUUUUAAUGGACAAUGGCAUAACAUGCACUUAUUAGUGGUUAAGAAUUUUAAAUAUUCGUUUAAUAAAUAUUUAUGUAUU